AAGUGUGCAAGGGGGAGGGAGGAGAGCAAGAAGCGCGCCCCUCCCCUGGCCCUCUCCUCCCCUCGCCGGCCGCCUCGCAGUCAGAAGGACAGGCAGCGGAUCGCCGAGCACAGCGGCCGCUCCCGACAAACUCCGGCAGAAGCCAGCGGCCAGUCCCGAGUCGCGGCGAUCCGGCAAUGAGGCAGUGGGGAGCCUUGGUGGCGGCGCUGGCCGCCUGCUGCGCGCUGGCUCCGCCCCGGGCGGCGGCGGCGGCCUGCGAGCCCGUGCGCAUCCCGCUGUGCCGCUCCAUGCCCUGGAACAUGACCAAGAUGCCCAACCAUCUGCACCACAGCACGCAGGACAACGCCGUGCUGGCCAUCGAACAGUUCGAGGGACUGCUCGGGACGGGCUGCAGCGUGGACCUGCUGUUCUUCCUGUGCGCCAUGUACGCGCCCAUCUGCACCAUCGACUUCCAGCACGAGCCCAUCAAGCCGUGCAAGGCGGUGUGCGAGCGCGCCCGGCGCGGAUGCGAGCCCGUCAUGAGGCGCUACAACCACAGCUGGCCCGACAGCCUCCAGUGCGGCGAGCUGCCCCUCUACGACCGCGGCGUCUGCAUCUCGCCCGAGGCCAUCGUCAAGGCCGACGCCGCCGAUCCGUCCUCCCAGGACCCGGCUCGCUGCAACCCAGAGUCCAGUCCGGACUUCCCCUUGGACGCAGGCAACCUUCACUGCAGAGGAGACGUCGUCGAUCGCUGCAAAUGUAAGAGCGUCAAGAUGGGCUUGAAGACCUACCUGAAGAACAACUACAAUUACGUGAUUCGUGCCCGCGUGCGCGAGGUGCGCACGCGGGGCAUGGAGCCCACGGCGGUGGUGGAGGUUCGCGAGGUCCUCAAGUCUUCGCUGGUGCACAUCCCCAGAGAGACGCAGACCCUUCACUACUCGUCCUCGUGCCAAUGUCCGCCCGUCACCGCCGGAGACGAGUACCUCAUCAUGGGAUACGAGAACGAGGAGACGUCCAGGUUGCUGCUGAUCGACGGCUCCAUCGCGCAGAAGUGGAAGGACAAGAUGGGACGCAAAGUCAAGCGUUGGGAUCAGAUCCUGCAGGGAAAAGCCCGAGCAGCUCAUCGCAGGAGUCGCCACUGAGAUGGGACCGAGCGGGCGUGCGCGUGCGUGUGCGUGUGCUGUGUAUAAUUGCACUAUCACAGGUAGCACAAUGUACUUCCUUAUCUUUUGCACAUUCGGUGUGUGUGUGUGUGUGUGUGAGAGAAAGUAUACUUGUGUGUGCUGUCUGCUAAGGUUUGCUCGCGUGUGUGUGUGUGUUUGUGCGCGCGAGAGGCUUCUCACCAGGGAUCUGGCCUUCCAUUUUGUCCGUUUUCCCGCCAUAAAGGGAAUUUCUGCGCCUUUUCACUCCCGUCCGUCCGUCCAUGACUUGUUGUCCUCGUGCUGAGAAGCAAAGAAAAGGGCCAAAAGGCAGAGCACGUUCAACGAGUGCAUUCGGUCCACGCUCAUCCUCGCAACAUCAACGAUAUCAGCCAACAACAAUAGCCGACUUUUCACUUUUUUCAUUGCGCUGCUCUCGAUUUGAUUCGGUAUGGCAUGUGACGACGGGGUUCCUUUGGAAGAACCGAAAACGACUAAAAAUAAUAAAAAAGCUGGUUUUUAAA